ACAAUACCUGUUUGUAUACUCGACACGAAGUCUGUGCAUACUCGAAGAAAAUGUUAAUUUCUAUAUUACAUCUUGAAAUAGAUAUUAUAAAUAGAUAGAUAUAUUAUUUCACUGAUAUCUUAUAAAUAUAAUUACUAAGAAAGAGAAUAUUUAUAUAUAUAAAUUUAAUAUUUUGUAAAAAUGGAUAUCAGAGAAAGUACAGGAUUUUAUGAUUUAUGUGUGAACGUACCAGAAAACAAAAUACAAAAUUUAUAUCCUGUGUUAUCAAAAUUAUGUGAAUAUGGAUUUAAAACAAUAGCGAUAAAUACUGAUAUAGAUGAAAGUGUUCUUGGAACAAACAAAAAAAAGAAGAAGAAAAGUGGUGAUAGUGAAAUAUCACAAGGUAUUGUUUUUGAAACAAUUGACAUAGAAAACAUAAGAAAAGAAUUUGAUGGAAGAUUGAAGAUUUUUAAUCGAAUUACUUUUUUCUGUUCUGAUUUUGCCAAGACACAUAUACUGAAUCAUUGUUCUAGUUUGAAAAAAUAUGAUUUAUAUGCUUUUGCCCCAAGGACACAAAAUGCUUUACAAUGUGCAUGCACUCAUUUGAAUGCAGAUAUAAUUACACUAAGACCAAAUCUUGUGUCAUUUAAACUUAAUAAAAAAUUAUACGAUCAAGCAAUUGAAAGAGGAAUACAUUUUGAAAUACAAUAUACAGAUCUAUUAAAUGUUGAAUUUAGAAAAACUACUAUUCACUAUUCUCAUCUAUUUCAUACAUAUGGAAAAAGUAAGAAUGUAAUAUUAUCCAGUGGUUCCAAUGACAUUAAAACAAUACGAAAUCCUUAUGAUCUUAUAAAUUUGGCAUGCUUAUUGGGUUUGAACGAAGUUCAAGCAAAAGCUUCAAUAUUACAUCAAUGUAAAAGACUUUUGUUACGAGCAGGUAAUAUACAAUUGAAUAAAGAAGACAUAGAGGAAAAGCUGCUUUUAUCAUUAAAGAUUGCACACAAAAUAGAAGUGUAAUUGAAGAAGAUUCACAAUGUGUAAAAAGAUUAAAAAGAUUAAGUUGAAUUUUAGAAUGUUUUUAUAUUAUUUUUUAAAAUAAUGAUUAUUUUGAAUAAAUACUUUUAUAUUAAAA